AUGAUCGCUACUCUACCCCUUGAAAGCUCGUCGUUAGAUCCAACACUCCGCCGCACACUUUCAAACCUAUCUCUCGGCGUGGCGAAGAGCAAGAAAAUCGUCGUCGUAACCGGGGCUGGUAUAUCUUGCUCCUGUGGCAUCCCAGAUUUCCGAUCUUCUGACGGAUUGUACAACCUUGUGAAACAACAAUAUCCGGACGUCGUACUCAAAGGCCGGGAUCUGUUUGACGCAUCCCUUUUUCGCGAUCCAACGACGACGUCGGUCUUCUAUACCUUCAUUUCAAAGCUCAAGCAGUCGACAGACAUCGUUUCGCCUUCUCCAACUCACCAUUUCAUUAAAACACUUGAUACUAAAGGCAAACUCCUCCGUUCUUAUACCCAAAAUAUUGACGGCCUUGAAGAAAGAGCGGGACUUGUUGGCAGCUCAAGCGACGAAGCAAGAAGCAAUGCAAAGGGGAAAGCCAGACUGAAUUUGAAAGACGUCAAAAACGUUCAAUUGCAUGGGGACAUCCGCCGAGUUCGCUGUACACUCUGCUCAACCGAGCUCAUAUUCACAGAAGAACACAUGCAUGCAUUCCUCGAGGGAACCGCUCCUGAUUGUCCCGACUGUGUCUCUCGCUCGGAGGCUCGCGUUGCGCGGUCAGCCCGCGCGUUGAAAAUAGGCAAAUUACGACCUGGAAUCGUUUUAUACGAUGAACCACAUCCUCUUGGAGAUGAUAUCGGAUGCAUACAAUCUGGGGACCUAUCUCGCAAGCCAGAUCUUCUGAUCAUUAUGGGCACCUCACUCAAAGUGCAUGGCCUCAAGAAGCUUGUCAAGGAAUUUGCAAAAGUCGUACACGCUGCCGCACCUUCUAAUCCGCCUUGCGUUGCCGUUUCUCCAAAACCGACAGCCACCAAAAAUGCAUGGAAGGGUAAAGUCAUCUUUGUUAAUAAGACUGCUCCCGCAAGCGAGUGGGAUGGAAUCAUUGAUUACCACGUUGAAGGAGAGACAGAUAACUGGGUAGAGCGUGUUCUCGAAGACUGGAAAAGAAUGCGUCCUACGGACUGGGAAGUUCAGACGACUCUGGACAACGGACCGGGAAAGGAGCUUUUCAAGGCUUCUAAAGAAAAUGCACAUACGAAGACUUCGAAGGCGUCGAAAGGUUCGGACUUAUCGCAUACGCCACAAUACAAUCAAGCUGAUGAUCGAUUUCUUCAGGGGGCAAGACUGGAAGGGAGAAUAUACCGCCUAUCCCACCUCCUACACUUUCGAAAUUGGACAAGCCGUCUUCUGUCCUGCCGACGGGCCAUCCGCCAUCGUCACCUACUAAGCGGCCUUGUGGAACAUCGCAUUACUCGAAACAAGAGUGCAGUCCAUCAAAGAAAAAGAAUUGCAACUCUUCGGGUGAAAGGAAUACAGUCCCGGCUGACGAAAGGGGCUUACUCUUCGAAAGCCGAUGUGCGAAUCAAGACAUCCGUGUACCAGUUGUCGAGAUUCUUGCACAAGCGAAGCGGAAACCUGGGCGCGAACAUAGAGAACCCCUCGUUGACCCUGUCUUCUCGUGACGUUUCUUCCUUAUUCGGUCUUCUUCGUUUAUGA